AUGGAAUCAAUGUCUUACUAUCUCUACAACCCUUCCAAGCCUUUGGCGGGAGUUUGCGCAGGCCUCUUUGGCCUAAGUUUUCUUGUCACACUCUACCAGAUCAUCCGAAAGAAAGCCUGGGUGUGGAUCUUCAUGCUAUUGGCUAUUGCUAUGGAGGUUAUUGGCUACGCAGCCAGGAUCAAGUCAGCCUCUGAGCCAACCGAGAAGAAGCCAUACGUCCUUCAAUUCACCCUCAUCAUCUUGCCUCCAGUCUUGAUGGCCGGUGUCAUCUACGUCGUCUUCGGAAGAAUUGUGUACUGGGUUGUCCCGCCAGAGUCAAGAACUUUGCGAUUCCUCUGGGUUCCUCCUCGCUUCAUCACUCUCCUCUUCGUCGGCUUUGAUGUAAUUUCUCUCAUUCUACAACUCGUCGCCGCCAUUUUCAUUGCCGGCACCGAUCCCACAGAGCCCAAUGCGAAGCAGAAGCUUGAUCUUGGCAAGACUCUCGGUCUCGUUGGUGUUAGCACCCAGAUUGCUGGCUUUGGACUCUUCACUGUUUCGGCCAUCCGCUUCCAAUUCGCCGCCAGAAAGCUCAGUCCCGAUUUCGCCAGACAGAACCAGGAACGGUAUGGCAUCACGAAGAAGUGGCAGACCUUGUUGGCUGUAGUCAACGUUUCAUGCCUCCUCAUCCUGAUCCGUUCCGUCUACCGUGAGAUCGAUUUUGCCGGUGGUAAAGAUGGAAAGACUCAUCAAGAGGAGUGGUAUCAGUAUGUUUUCGAUACACUACCAAUCUUGAUUGUAGUCUUUCUCUACAAUGUUUUCUUUCCCUCCAACUACCUUGCACAUCUUGGCUUCAAGGUUCCCAAGGAGGAUCAAACUACUGGCUUUGAUCUCGAAGCGACUCAUAAGCAACCUUCAACGACAGAGUCCACAUAG